AUGCAGCUGAGCAGAGCAGCCGUUGCCAUGGGGCCCAUGGCCCUGGCCAUCGCCUUCCUGUGCACUGCAGCCGAGACUACAGACAACUGUCCAGAGGUGAAGGUGCUGGGUCUGGAGGGCACAGAGAAGCUCACCAUUCUCCGAGGCUGCCCGGGGCUGCCCGGGGCCCCAGGGCCCAAGGGAGAGGCCGGCGACCGUGGAGGGAAAGGAGAACCCGGCCCCUCCGGAGUCCCUGGGAUUACAGGACCCCCUGGGCUCAAAGGAGACCCAGGGGAGAAGGGUGCUCGCGGAGAAAAAGGAGAGCCUUGGAAACCUGAGGGAUGUGCUACAGGACCUCGGAACUGCAAGGAGCUGUUGACCAGGGGGCACUUUCUGAGUGGCUGGCACACCAUCUACCUGCCUGACUGCCAGCCCCUGACUGUGCUGUGUGACAUGGACACCGACGGCGGAGGUUGGACGGUGUUCCAGCGCCGGGUCGACGGCUCCGUGGACUUCUAUCGGGACUGGGCCACGUACAAGCGGGGCUUCGGCAGCCAGCUGGGCGAGUUCUGGCUGGGGAAUGACAACAUCCACGCCCUGACUGCCCAGGGAACCUACGAGUUCCGCAUCGACCUGGUGGACUUCGAGGGCAACCGCCAGUUUGCCAAGUACGAGUCGUUCGCGCUGGGCAGUGAGGCGGAGAAGUACAAGCUGGUCCUGGGCGCCUUUGUCGAGGGCACCGCCGGCGAUUCCCUGACGUCCCACAACAACAACGCUUUCUCCACCAAAGACCAAGACAACGACCAAAACUCCGGGAGCUGUGCUGAGGUGUACCAGGGAGCCUGGUGGUACUACAACUGCCACCUCUCGAACCUGAAUGGCCGCUACCUCGGGGGAGCCCACAAUAGCUUUGCAAAUGGCAUUAAUUGGCAGUCGGGGAAAGGGUACAACUACAGCUAUAAGGUGUCGGAAAUGAAGGUGCGGCCCACGUAG